UUCAUUUGUAAUCAGAUGGGCUACAUUUAGGUAGGCUUAAUGUCUUACAGUGGAAUUCAAUCUUGCGCUCUUUUGAGUGUCUCAGGUCAGUCCAAUGGUAGCUAACGUGCCCAUUUUUUCUCAGUUCAAUUCAAUCUGCCCCCAGAGAUCCAUGUGGACUUAAAUGACUCUUCAGGAAUUGAAGUUGAUGCAGACAUCUUUGAUGAGCUUAUGACAUCAAGUGAAGUAUCCUUCAAAGUCUUCACUGGAGAACAAUCUGAUCUAUCUGAGGCCUCGUUCUGCUCAGUGGGGUCUGAUUCAUCAUCAGGUUCAACUGUGAUUCUUGAAGAAACCAUAGCAAGGAGAAGAAAUCGGACUGAUAGUCCCGUAGAUAGUAAUGCAGCAGGAGAUAUGAUCAGUGCCAUCCUUGACUCGAAGGCAGGUGGUGAAAAGAUAUUCCUUGAGUUUGCCAAAACCAAGAGUCUCUCUGAUAGCACCCGUAGGCUAUUAGUGAACAUGCUUGUGGCAGAUAUGAUUGAGAAGCAUGGGAGGGUCCCCCCAUCAAGUGUGCGCACCAAGUAUGCCCUGGGAAUCGUGACUUUAUUCCCCUAUUUGAAGGGUCCAGAUUCAAGUAAUGGAUAUGAACACUACUGCGAUGCCGAAAGUGGAUCGGGUUACCUGGCCUGGAGGAUUAAGACUGUCCAACGCAACACAUCACAUGGGACCAAGAAGAGAUCCAUGUCCACACACCAAGAUGGUCCAAAGGCUAAGCGGGCUUCACAUUCAACUGUUGACAAAUGCAGAGAGGCAAUAUCUGUGCUUCAGCAUUCAACUGACGAGUCACUGGUCAAGGAGAAGAUGAGGACAACAUUCAAACACAGACAGAACAUUGUGCAGGAUCCAGAGAAGUCCUCAACCAUCUUGGGUGUCUUCCCCAGAUUCCUUGACAUACCAGGCUUGAUCGACCAAGACUUCACAAUGCUGUUUGGAGAGGAUGCAUCUGGCAAGUUCCUGGCGAAAUGGCCAACUUUGUUGAGACCAGGGUCAUCUCAGACUGCAAGAACCUACCCCCCAGUGCCCAUUUGGAAGCCCUCCUCUCUUCUGUGCAGCACGACUCUGAUGAUUUGGGUGGGGACGAGCAUGGUGACCUUCCUUGAGCAAGUUGGACGUGAACAGCCCUUCCUCCUCUGUGUCGGCGAACAAAAGAACAUCAUCCAGAAAUUCUACAUCGUCGUUGACCAGAAGGCCAUUCCGUGCAAGACCCAAACAUCAGUGGCAGCUUUCGAUGAGCUCUUCAAGGCACACUACGUCUUCGGCGUGUCCUGUGACGAAGCUUUGGGUAGUUUCUACACCUUCAUUCAAACCACAGUGUAUAAUAUUGAUGUAGGGAAUGCAAAGGAGAGCCCAAGGGUCAAGGAGAUUAGAGCAAGGCUGCUUAACAGAGACACUUGAAUUGAUACACAUC